AUGGCUUAUAACGGCUACUCCCCUCAUUGCCAAUUGGUGGCUGGAAUGCGUUCCACCAAAAAGAUUGAUGUCACAGUGAGUUUGAAUUCAAACCCCUUGCCGAACAGUUCCAAUUCUGGCAGUGAGUUGAGGAAUGGGGUCUUGAUGCUAAGCAGCCAAUCUAAAUUUACUGUAGAGGCGGAAUUGAUGUUUAUCAUGAAGAAGAGGAAGUCUUCCACAAUGGACUGCACCAUAGCAUUUGAUUCGUUCACAAAGGUUGUCCAAACUUUACAAUGGAAGUGA